AUGUCGAUGUUGCAUGGUAUGUUCAAGGCCGUUUUGCAGCUGAACGGAAUGCAUAUGUUGCUCGUGCAACUGCCUUUGAGUGUCGUCAGCUUAGAAGAGAGAUGUUAUUGUGCUCAUGCAUCUUCACCUUGUCCUAUCGUAGGGAUUCUAUUUGAGCAAGAGAGGAGCGGGGCUCGCUUCGAUGUUGAGGUCGAAGAUAUGGCCAUCGAGUGCAAGGGAUGA